AUGUCUGUGAGUCCGACCGACAUCGCCAGCCUCCGUCAGCAGAUCGCCGACCUCGCGAAUAUUAUGUCUUCAAAACAAGACGUCCAAGUGAUGAAAGGCUCAGAUGGAAAUGUCUUGGGCAUCCAGGACUGCUUGGUCUUGAUUGAACGAAAAAUAAAAGCCCUAGAAGAUAAGACGAAUAUGAGUCUGUCAGCCCUGAAUGCCAAGAUCGGGCACACAAACGAACGGGUUGGUACUAUCGAUGCAAGAAUGUCCGACUACGUGUCAAAGCUCAAUGACAAGAUCGAUAACCAAUCACAGAUGAUGAAGGAUAUGUACAGUCUGAUCUCGAACAUGAACAAACGCGGGGAAAACCAGACAACGAGCGUUCUGCCGAAACCUCGUGAGAGAGUACCUGCCCCCGUACGAUCGACACAGUGGUCCUACACAAAAUUCGACUAUAAAAAUAAUGCUAAAGUAGUGGUAUUUGGUGUCCCGGAGGCUGAUACGACGACAGAAAAGGAAGAUGGGACUCCGAUAUUAAAACCAACAGUCAAAGAACAAGUGGAGAGUGCACUGACUCGAGCUGGAGCAAGAUGUGCUACUGAUUCAAUGCGUACAGCCAAGAGGCUCGGAGCGUACCGGUCUGAUAGAGAUUUGGAAUCUAGGCCGAGGCCAAUCUGCAUACAAUUCGCACAGCCAGAUGUGGCAAGUGAAUUUGUGAAGGCUAAUGGUGUGAACCUCAGGAACCAAGGGCUGGGAAUCAAGUGGUGGAGGCCUUAUAGACCGAGAGCCAGUCAAGCUACGGAAGAGAUCAGCUCCAUGGCGGCCAGAAUCGAUGAGCUAGCGAGAUUGGUGAAAAAUCACAGCUUAUCGGCGGCAAAAGGAGUCGACGGUACCACAACUG